CGCAUCUAUAUGCUACUCUGUUUUUGUGCAUUACAGCUACCUUACGGCCUCCAUAUACCCCCUAUUAUGUAUGUCGAACGGGACUUCGGUUUCACGGUUUCCUUCUACAAAACUCGCUGUUAUAUUGAAGGCAGUUAACAAAGUUUUUUAAAGUGCAAGUGGCGUACAAAGAAAGCCUGGCUGGCUGGCAGAAUGCGCAAUAUAGGGCCAACAGCCUUGGCUAGGUUGCGCGCGCGCGGGGACCUUGUUAUCUUGAUAAUCGCAGGCGUCCUGUCGGUUCUGUGUGCGGGGCUGCUGGCCAGAGAGACGUGUGCAAAUCCUAGUGGCCUUGGCAUGCUCAGCCUCCUCAGGAGCUUUCCGUGCGACGCACCAGCCUCAGAGCGGGCACUCUUCCUUGUUUCGCGCUCGCCCCUGGUGAUUCUUGAGACCCUGGGUAUACGUGGCGAGCAUGCGUACUGGGCCAUUGGUAUGGCGUUCCUGCUGCUGCGCGCGGCUAGCUACUUCGCCCUGCCGACGCCGUUAUAUCUGUCAGUGGCGGCACCACUCCUUACCUACGCCGCGCGUGCCUCGCCAUUUAUAAGUUGGUGCCUGGCCGGCCCGGGCGGGCCCGGCGGCAUGGGGCUGUCAGCGACAAGCGGCAUGGUGUUGUUCAGGAUCAACCCGGUAGGGGACGCGUUUCUGGCGCUUUCCAUCGAGCCGCUCUUUGCGCCGGCUGAGCUGGCGUUCAACGCCUUCACGCUUGCGGCCGUGUGGGCGCUCACGUCGUGGCACGGAGCCCAGUUCACACACCUGGGCGUGGCGCUGGUGCCGCAGCUGCUGCUGCGACUGGCGAGCAUCACCGUCAUCCACACGCUGGCGCGCUACCGCCGCGGGUGCGGGCGCGUGAACACGGCCUGUGCGGCCGCAUACGGUGCCGUCGGCGCAAAGGAGGAAGGGCGCAGCAGUGAUACGGUAUCUGCGUCGUGCGUGGAGGACCGAAACGCCGACAUGGGCAGGAUGGAGGGUCUGGACGGCGAGGCGACGCUGAAGGGGUUGCCGGAGCUAGAUGGUGCUGGUGGGUCUGUCAGCGUGUCGCGCCUGCCGUCCAACCAGCAGGCCGGGGCCAGCACCGCUGAGACCAGCAGGACGGGCGGCAGCGGCAGCCGCAGCCGCAACGCCGACAUGUGCAAGGCCUGGCCCAGCACGCCUGAGGUUAGCCAGGUGCGGCACACCUACACUGCAGCCGCCGAAGUCGUGGCGGACGGCGACGCGGCACGGGGCCACACCUGCGCUGGCCCCUGCGAUACCCACGCCGCCGCGUACUCCGCCUGCGCGAAUGCGGAUGUCAAGGCGAACCCGUUCCUGCCUGACCGGAAGCCCGCUCAUCAGCUGCCCGACGGGCGGCCGCAGCAGCAGCCGCAGUACCCGGGGCUGCUGCUGGCUGGGCGGCCGCCCUCAUACCGAUCGGUCGUUCGGCGGCGCACCAUGCGCAUCAAGUUGCCGUUCGCCGAGCCGGAGCAGCUGAGCCCCGGCUUCACGGAGCGGCUGCAGGACGUGGCGGCGCAGCAAGGGGUGAUGCUGGCGGGCGUGUACGUGCGACCAGGCUGCAUCGAGCUGCUUUUGGACCUGGAGGAGUGGAGCACCGGUAGCUGCACCAGCGACACCAGCGCCGCGACUAGCGCGGCCGGCACGGACUUCCUUAGCAGCGGGGGCAGCGAUGGGGCGCCUGCUACGGAGCACGACCGGAUGGCACUGGAGCAGGUGCUGAUGGCGCUGCGGCUGCAGCUGCAGCUGCCUGCCGCAGCCGCUCCGCCGCAGGCCGUGGGGCAGGAGUGUGACGAGCAGGAGGAGGCAGCGGAGCAGGAGGAGGGCCUACAGUCGCUGCGGCGGCUCAUGCGCGAGCAGCCAGUGCAAACAGACUAUGUGGACCUGCAGGCGACGGAGGCGCAGGCGCAGCUGUCUGGCGGCCCCGCGCUGCCGGCGACGGUGCAUUCGAUGGAGCCGCGUGUGGCAGUGGCUGGCGUUCUGCCCUGGCCGUUGACGCUGAACCUGCGGCUUCUUGCGCCCGCUGCCAGCCUGGUCCCAGAGCUGGGUGCCCCCACGCAAGCCCUUGAGCUCGAGCUGCGCGCCGAGGCCCUGGUGCGGUGCCGUGGCGAGUACCUGCCCGCUCAGCUCCAGGGCCUGGAGCGUGCACGUGGCGGCAGCGGCGACCUGGGCACAGGCAUGGCUGAGAUGGACGCCGAGGUCCGGGUAGACACGGUUGCGCCGCCACCUGCUCCCGGCGUUCUGAUGGUGGAAGUCCGCUGCUGCGGCCGGCUCGGCACCUCCGCGCCGUUCCUGCUCCUACGCGACGCCGAGCUACUGCCGGACUUGCAGGCGGCAGUAGCUGGCCUGGCACCGCGCCCGGCCGACCUCAACGCGCUGCUGCUGGACGUGGCCACCUGGCUACAGCUCACCGUGGACACUGCGGAGGACCGCCGUCAGGGCACCACAGCAUCAGCAGCGGCAUCAGUAGCAGCGGCCGGCUGCGCUGCGCCCGGUCGCGAGGCGCUUGCAAGGCUGGGGGCCCACCUGUAUGAGUAUGCCUCGCUGCACGCCCUGCCCGCGCUGGCGGCAUGCGUGCGGCGGGGCUCGGUUGCGACAGGGCUGCCGUUGCCCGCGCUGAGGGGCACGGGACCCGAGUCGCUGCAGUGGGCGGGCGAGUUGUUGCAGGUAUCACACCAGCGACAGCUGCAGAAAAUGCACCCGCAGGAGGAGGAGCUGCAGGGCGAGGGCCCACGCUCCGAGCCACCGGCACAGGAGCCGCAGCCGCAGAAGCUCGUCAAGCACCUGGAUCCGGCGUCGGACCCGUGCACCUCGGCUUCCUUGGGCACGUCUGGCAGCCCGCCCCGGACUGAGGCUGACGCAGGCACUGGGCCUUCUGUCCAUCAGCCCAUGGCGCGGCUGCUGCGCCAGUCCCUGCUCCGCGCAGUGGGCUGCCAACGUGGUCCCGCGGCCGAGGAAGCUGCCUUUGCGGCGUACGCGGCGCCCCUGGUGUUUGCGCACAUCUACGCAAUCCAAGCCGUGGAGGCGCUGUCGCUGCUGGCACUGCUGUUCCGCGCGCGGCACGAACUGCUGAGCGCCGCCAACCUGACCAGCCUGUGCGGCUGCUUCGCGGGCACCCUGGCCUGCCUGUGCUGGCCGCUGCUGUCGCGCACCGCCUUCGUCCGCCUGGUCAACGGCCUCAAGGUCCCGCGCUACCUGCUGUACAUGCUGGCCAAGGCCAUGAUCGGCUUCCUGCACUUCCCCGCGCCGCCCGGCAUACACGCCUACCAGCUGGGCCCUGCGAUGCUCGUGAUGGAGGGAGUGCUCCUGCCCGGCAGCAACCUGCUGCCAUUCAGCACAGCGGCGCUCAUCACGCUGGCCAAGUGGCCGCUGGGUGUGGCCAUGAUGCUGCGCUCGGAGGCCACCGACCACCUGCCCACGGCCGUGUGGCUGUGCGGGCGCAUCGUGCUGCUGGCGCUCGCGACCACGGCCGCCUGCCACACGCAGAUGCGCCUGAGCUUUGAGCUGCAUCGCCAGCGGACGGCAGCGGCCAAGGCGCAGGCAGGGCUUGGGCAGGGUGCAGCGGGUGUGCCCUGUGGCGCACGGCGGCUGGAGUGCUGCAAGAAGGACCAGUGAUAAAUCAAGGGCAGUCCAACCAUUCAGGGACACAUGAUACAAAGGGAAUUUCGCGUAUGUGCGUGCGAGAUUAUUAUUGGCAUGGAGCAUCAAAGUGUGGGACUGGGCGCACGUCAACCGCACCUCAACGAGCUGACUGCUGCAAUUUUGAAGUUUCCGGAGGGGCGGGGUGGAGACGAUGUCUCCGCGGCUUGCACAUAUGCACCCAUGGCUGCAUCGUCACGCAUCUACAUCAUGCCUCUUUGUAUGUGACUAACAACAGGGCAUUGCAGUGUCGGCAUGAGGCAUCGCCCAUGUGCACGAAAAAGCAUGUGCAUAUGCAAACAUGGAAGGUGCUCACUGCCGUUUGCCGUCAUUAGGCUAGGCGCGCUUGCGGAGUGCUGUGCCCCGUGUACAAGGUUGGUGCUCCUUGACUAUUGCACACAUUUUAUACUGGAUGGUGCGGCACAUAGCAGCGGAGACAGUAGAGGUGUCGAGGUAGCGCGUCACCUAGGCUGGUAGGGAGUAUGUGGGGCGUGCUGCAGUUACGACAUUGUACAUGGUUAUCGGAGUGCGGGAAGCGAGGCAAGCGGGCAAGGUUGAAGCGGGACACCAAAGGCGACUGACAUUACUAAGGGUCAUAGCUUUGGCAGCGCUUGCCAGCUGCUUGGAAUUUGUGGCCCGUUCCAAUGAGCCGGGGACGUGGGCUUGACCGCUUGAGGCCACGGCGCCUUAUAACUUGAGCCACGUCCUCUCCUCUCCUCAGAGCGUUUGGUGAGGUACCUGUAGAUGCGCGCAUCUGCAGCGCUUAUGCGCCGUGAUAGCUUGGUAUUUAUUGGUGCCGCCAUGUUGGUGCGCGCAAUCUCAAACACAUGUAUGGGUAUAAUGAAGCCACGCCUUGCGGCCUCUGCAACAGGCCCCAUACUGCCGUAUGUCAUGCGCCAUGGUCAAGGUGCCAUGGUCAAGGCCGACACAGUAGGCAGGGGCAAGUGCAACCAGUGCUGCAUGCCGUGUGCGUACAGUCCGGCAUUCGAUAAACCCUGAGGCAAUACGCUGUCGCAGGAAAUGGACAAACGUCCGUACCGUAUGGUGAAGAGGGCUGAGUGGGCAGUGGGUGACGGUGGGUGAUGGCAGAAAUAUGACGGUGCAGGCGGAGAUAAUUGCAUCACA